CGAGCCAAGCGUCGCCUUCGGGAGCGUUUUUGACUGGCACGCGGCGAGGUGGGGAGCAGGGCGUCUGAACAGAAGGGGGAGGGCCGAGUCCGUUGAGGGGAGAUAUUAGCUUUUGUUUAUUUUCUUUUCUUUGAUCUUUUGAUUUCCUUGUCCGUGACUUCCAGUUUUGAGGUUAUCUCUCACCCACACCACAAGGCUUUGGUGCUAGAAAGAGAGACGCAUACAAAAGUAUCAAUCAACUGAGUGAUGGAGGUAUAUGGAAAAUCUAUGAUUGCUGAGCCAAGUAAUGUGAUUUUUUUGUCCAGUAUUCUUAACAGGGAAGAGCCAAUCCCUAGUCACAAAUGUGAUACGAGAUGCCAAAAUGAACAUGUAUUGGGAAACAUGUACCGCUGCAAACUAACAGGAAUAACACACAUCUGUGACAAGAACUGUAACCAGAGGAUUUUGUAUGAUAACUAUAACUCCCUUUGCAGAGUGAGCGGGCAGGUCUUUCCUCUUUCACCAGCAGAACAGCAGGCAGUUAGAGGAGUUCGGAGGAAGCUUGAAGCAGAGAACUCUGAUGGCUGUGCUUUUAAGCGCAGGCGAGAUGCACAGCUGCAUCCUCCUCCUUUUGAGAGGUCUUUCACUGUGGUGUCUCCAAUCUGCAGUCAAGUUGGAGAUGGCAUGGACAUGAGUUAAAGCUCAUUGGCUCCAUUUCCAUUUCUUUUUUCUUCUUCACCUUCCUUUGCUUCCUUUGCGAUGCAUAUUAGGAAUGCCCUUGCUCUAUUGAGACUUGGAAGUGAACCAAAUAUGUUAUGGACAUGUUGUGAAACUCUUGAAAGUCCUUUGUAGCACCAUCUGAGUGGAAUGGUGAUAUUCUAACUGUUUAACAUUUCAUUAAAACUUACAACAGAUGUUAGCACCAUUUAUGGAUGUUUUUUUAAUCGAGCAUUUCAAGCCAUCAGAUUAGAUCUACUACUUCUUUCAAGCAGUAUGUUGAUUCAUAAUUUAGACAGAGGGCCUUCUAAAGCUACUGUCAUCAUUUUUAGCUUUGAUUAGAUAAUUCAGAUGGUACCAUAUGUUGACAUCUUGGCUGCCAUUUUCUCUUGAUGAACUGCAAUUUUAAUGCUCUGUAAUACUGUUCUUUGUACA